CAGUGAUUGUAUCGACCCGAUCAGUGAUUGAUUUAAUAGGCCGAAAUGAAACGCACGCGCAAACCUAGUUCUUCCUUUCUGCUAAAUUCUUCGCCAUGGCUCCUGUGGUGGGUACAAUCGCGUGUGAAGAAUUGUCCGAAUACAUCCAUUUUUAACACUUCAAAUGACUGUACUUUAAUGUGUGUCAUUUUCCUAUAAAUCGUGGCAUACUCGGGGGUGGGUUUAUGUCUGUUAAUACUGCUAAACAAGGCACUGCAUUGGGUUUUGUUAUUCACGAGGCCUGCUAAUUUCGCUAGCCUAGAUCCACCACGUUGUAGCUAGCUACAAAAACUAGCUUAACAUUUGCUUGUUCAUUUUGUAGUCAGCAGUAGUUAAUAGUUAAGUGAUACAAAUAUAGGUUUGGUUAACUAACUGACUAAAGCUUCCUCUGAAUUGGGGAUUAACUAACGUUAGACAGAUCGCUAAUUUAGUUGAUGUCAGAGAGCGAUUGUAGCGCAUAUGGUUGUGAAGUAGAAAUCUAGCUAGUUAGAUUCUAGACAGUUAGCUAACUUGCCUGACUUGACUACUAGAACUAGCAGGAUAGCCUUUUAGAGCGCUAGCUAGCUAAUUACCUAGACAGGUAGCUAAUCGGAGAAGCGUUGGUGAACGGUCUCAUUUUAAUUGGCUAUUAAUCUGAUUUGCAGAAGAAACAGAGCAACAAAGGCUCCAAGGGUGGCAAGAAGAAGAAGCAGGUCCUGAAGUUCACUCUGGACUGCACCCACCCUGUUGAAGAUGGCAUCAUGGAUGCUGCCAACUUUGUAAGUUUUAUACCUGUGCCUGGUUGCAGUGAAAAUGUUUACGUUUUUAAAAGUUGCACAAACACUUCUUAUUUGAAUCCCCUUUAGCCACAAUCCUGAAUUGUGUUUCAGCCUGGCAGUGGCACCCCUGUCACUUGGUUGAGUAUAAAGCUGAGGGACAGAUGGUGCUUGCGAAAUGUAAACACUCUCAAAUUCAUAUACAGAUCUAAGGAUUUACAGUCCAUGGGAUCGACAUGUUGAACAUAAUAUUACUAUGCUAAUGUACAGUGUGUAUUCUGUGACAUCCCAAGCAGGGUUCAAACUAGCUAGCAACCUACACAACUUUAGAGAGGAAGGUGUGAAUUCUCCGAUGUACUCAACCCAAUGGGCUAGUUUCAUUUCCACUACAACAGGGUUUCCCAAACUGGGUCCUUGGGGCCCCUCCCGGGUGCGCGUUUUGUUUUUUGCUCUAGCACUAUACAGCUGAUUCAAAUCAUCAAAGCUUGGUGAUGAGUUGGUUCAGCUGUAGUGCUAGGGCAAAAAACAAAAUAUGCACCCAGGGAGGGCCCCAGGACAGACUUUGGGAAACCCUGCACUACACUAGUCAUAUUGGGCAGCUGUAAAUAUUUUGUUUUUGGGAAAUUAGAAGUAUAUGCUUACACAGUAUGUCUUAAUGGUUAUAGGAGCAGUUCCUUCAGGAGCGCAUCAAGGUGAACGGGAAAGCUGGCAACCUGGGAGGUGGUGUGGUGUCUAUUGAGAGGAGCAAGAGCAAGAUCACAGUGUCCUCUGAGGUCCCCUUCUCCAAAAGGUACGGUAACUGCACUGGCAUCUCAGCACUGGAGUAAUGAAUAUUGCAAUGCAAACAGAAUUUGCAUAUUCAUUCUUUUUUUUAUUUUUUAAACACGCGAUUUAUAAAAUGUAUUUUUCACCCAAAAAGUUUUGUUUUCAUGUUUAACCUACAAAAACGUUCCUAAAUGCUUACAUCAUCACCACCAAAUAAUUGCUAAUAUUAAUGAAUUACUUAAACUUUUGCACUGCUUACAAUGGAUAAAUGAGGUCCCUUGUUAUUAUAGCCUAUAUGCGGAUGACUCAGCACUAUACACGUCAGCUACUACAGCGACUGAAAUGACUGCAACGCUUAACAAAGUGCUGCAGUUUGUUUCAGAAUGGGUGGCAAGGAAUAAGUUAGUCCUAAAUAUUUCAAAAACUAAAAGCAUUGUAUUUGGGACAAAUUCACUAAACCUCAACUAAAUCUUGUAAUAAAUAAUGUGGAAAUUGAGCAAGUUGAGGUGACUAAACUGCUUGGAAUAACCCUGGAUUGUAAACUGUCAUGGGCAAAACAUAUUGAUACAACAUUAGCUAAGAUGGGGAGAAGUCUGUCCAUAAUAAAGCGCGGCUCUACCUUCUUAACAGCACUAUCAACAAGGCAGGUCCUACAGGCCCUAGUUUUGUCGCACCUGGACUACUGUUCAGUCGUGUGGUCAGGUGCCACAAAGAGGGACUUGGGAAAAUUGCAAUUGGCUCAGAACAGGGCAGCAUGGCUGGCCCUUGGAUGUACACAGAGCUAACAUUAAUAAUAUGCAUGUCAAUCUCUCCUUGCUCAAAGUGGAGGAGAGAUUGACUUCAUCACUACUUGUAUUUGUGAGAGGUAUUGACAUGUUGAAUGCACCGAGCUGUCUGUUUGAACUACUGGCACACAGCUCGGACACCCAUGCAUACCCCACAAGACAUGCCAGAGGUCUCUUCCCAGUCCCCAAGUCCAGAACAGACUAUGGGAGGCGCAUAGUACUACAUAGAGCCAUGACUACAUGGAACUCUAUUCCACAUCAAGUAACUGAUGCAAGCAGUAAAAUUAGAUUUAAAAAAACAGAUACAAAUACACUUAUGGAACAGCGGAGACUGUGAAGCAAUACAAACAUAGGCACAGACAAAUGCAUACACACACACGUACACAUGGAUUUUGUGUUGUAGAUAUGUGGUAGUGGAGUAGGGGCCCGAGGGCACACACUUGGUGUGUUGUGAAUGUAUUGUAAUGUUUUUACAAUUGUAUAACUGCCUUAAUUUUGCUGGAUCCCAGGAAGAGUAGCUGCUGCCUUGGCAGCAGCUAAUGGGGUUCCAUAAUAAAUACAAAUAUAUCUGUAAUCUUUGUCUAGGUAGAUGCCAAUAUUGACUUUUGGCUAUGUAGAAUUCAACAAUUAAUAACUCCACUUAAGGCAUAACAUACGGGGGUUGUUUAUCUGCUGCAUCUGAUAUGCACCAGUAACAACAUGUGCAUUAAAUAUACACUGAGUAUACCAAACAUUAGGAACACCUUCAUAAUAUUGAGUUUUUUGUCUCCAGGCUUAAAAAUCCUUCUUGAACUUGUUUCCUCCCCUUCAUCUUGUUUCCUCCCCUUGUAGUGGUUUUAACAAGUGACAUCAAUAAGGGAUCAUAGCUUUCCUCUGAUCAGUCUGUCAUGAAUAUAGGUGUUCUUAAUGUUUUGUAUACUCAGUGAAAGAGUUUUCCCUCAGACUUCCUUGUCCAGUUUAGCCACCCCUGCCGGUGACUCCCCUAACCUGCACGGGUCAGUUGUUUGGAGCCGCACCCACCCCACGUCAAUUCCGAGCCCCACCCAAUACCCGACAUCAGGACAGAUUUUUCAACGCAACCCAACCCAACUGAAUAGAAUUGUUCUGAGGGCCGAUCCGUGACCCGCCGAAAAACAUCAAGUUAUUUUAUACAUUUUAUAGUAGCCGAGGCUGCUAUUCCCCUCCCUGCAUGAAUUGGUCUGCAUGUCUGUUCAACAUUUGGAUAAAAGGAAACUAUGCCAUGAACGACACAAUUUUAUUUUCACAAUGAAAUGCGGCACAUUGACAACUGAAAUUACUCUGGGGGGAAAAAGGGCCUUCUAAUUAGCCUUCUUACCUAAUUAAAGACUAUAGCUGACAAAGCUUUACAUUCAAUAUUGUUUAGAUAAUCAAAUAGUUUAAUUGAACUUAAACAAUUCCCAGAAUCGAUUAUAGGCUGCAGAAAUGCAUUUUAGUAGGCUAUACUCAAACAUUUACCAGCCGCACCGGUUUAAACUUGAUAUGGCAUGCGUAUGGUCUAAAUGAACGAAAGCCUGAUUUAACAUUAUAAUUAACUGAUCAUAAACUAUAUUAGCCUAUCGUAAACAAAUACCUGCUUGCACUUUUUGCAUGCUGUGUUGCCAUCUACCGGGUUGUUGUUCUUCUCCACAAUGACUCCAAAAUCCUUCCAAACCGGGUAUUUAACUCACGCAGCACCUGUUUCCAAGAUGGUGUAUUUCAUAACCUUUCUUUUAAUUUCUUCCGGUUAGGCCUACGUUAGCCAUUUUUGCGUGAGCUACGCUAGCCAGGGAAAGUACACUUGGCAACAUAUUCUUAAAUGGGGGGAUGAAACAUAUAAGUUUUGUUAUCACACAAAUAAUGGACAGUUCCCUGAUCCACUAUGGGCAUUGCUGGUAGUCUAUAUCUCUGCCUCACCGCUCACAGAAUGGAAUUCGCAACACAACAAGCUCCUGGGUUUGUAAAAAAAAAGAUUAUCUUGAUUUAAAAAAGUUUCCAACCCGCAAUAAUUGUUCGGAACCGUGAGCCAACCCACGGGUUGAAAUACUGUUUUUAUUCCACCGGCCAGCAGAUUUUUUUUUUUUUGCAGGUCAAACGCGGAUAUCCAAUCCGAUGCAGGACUCUACCGCAUGUGACUGUGCUAAAUUAUCAUUCUUCAACCUGAGCUGGGUUUUUGUGAUUCAUUUAGUUGGGCUGAGGUGUGUGUGUGUAUGUAUGUAAUAUAUACAGUGAGGGGAAAAAAGUAUUUGAUCCCCUGCUGAUUUUGUACGUUUGCCCACUGACAAAGAAAUUAUCAGUCUAUAAUUUUAAUGGUAGGUUUAUUUGAACAGUGAGAGACAGAAUAACAACAACAAAAUCCAGAAAAACGCUUGUCAAAAAUGUUAUAAAUUGAUUUUCAUUUUAAUGAGGGAAAUAAGUAUUUGACCCCCUCUCAAUCAGAAAUAAUUUUGGCUCCCAGGUGUCUUUUAUACAGGUAACGAGCUGAGAUUAGGAGCGCACUCUUAAAGGGAGUGCUCCUAAUCUCAGUUUGUUACCUGUAUAAAAGACACCUGUCCACAGAAGCAAUCAAUCAAUCAGAUUCCAAACUCUCCACCAUGGCCUAGACCAAAGAGCUCUUCAAGGAUGUCAAGGACAAGAUUUUAGACCUACACAAGGCUGGAAUGGGCUAAAAGACCAUCGUCAAGCAGCUUGGUGAGAAGGUGACAACAGUAGGUGCGAUUAUUCACAAAUGGAAGAAACACAAAAUAACUGUCAAUCUCCCUCGGCCUGGGGCUCCAUGCAAGAUCUCACCUCGUGGAGUUGCAAUGAUCAUGGGAAUGGUGAGGAAUCAGCCCAGAACUACACGGGAGGAUCUUGUCAAUGAUCUCAAGGCAGCUGGGACCAUAGUCACCAAGAAAACUAUUGGUAACACACUACGCCGUGAAGGACUGAAAUCUUGCAGUGCCCGCAAGGUCCCCCUGCUCAAGAAAGCACAUAUACAGGGCCGUCUGAAGUUUGCCAAUGAACAUCUGAAUGAUUCAGAGGAGAACUGGGUGAAAGUGUUGUGGUCAGAUGAGACCAAAAUCGAGCUCUUUGGCAUCAACUCAACUCGCCGUGUUUGGAGGAGAAGGAAUGCUGCCUAUGACCCCAAGAACACCAUUCACACUGUCAAACAUGGAGGUGGAAACAUUAUGCUUUGGGGGCGUCUUUCUGCUAAGGGGACAGGACAACUUCACCGCAUCAAAGGGAUGAUGGACGGGGCCAUGUACCGUCAAAUCUUGGGUGAGAACCUCCUUCCCUCAGCCAGGGCAUUGAAAAUGGGUCGUUGAUGGGUAUUCCAGCAUGACAAUGACCCAAAACACACGGCCAAGGCAACAAAGGAGUGGCUCAAGAAGAAGCACAUUAAGGUCCUGGAGUGGCCUAGCCAGUCUCCAGACCUUAAUCCCAUAAAUCUGUGGAGGGAGCUGAAGGUUCAAGUUGCCAAACGUCAGCCUCAACCUUAAUGACUUGGAGAGGAUCUGCAAAGAGGAGUGGGACAAAAUCCCUCCUGAGAUGUGUGCAAACCUGCUGGCCAACUACAAGAAACGUCUGACCUCUGUGAUUGCCAACAAUGAUUUUGCCACCAAGUACUAAGUCAUGUUUUGCAGAGGGGUCAAAUACUUAUUUCCCUCAUUAAAAUGCAAAUCAAUUUAUAACAUUUUUGACAUGUGUUUUUCUGGAUUGUUUUGUUGUUAUUCUGUCUCUCAAUGUUCAAAUAAACCUACCAUUAAAAUGAUAGACUGAUCAUUUCUUUGUCAGUGGGCCAACGUACAAAAUCAGCAGGGGAUCAAAUACUUUUUUCCCUCACUGUAUAUAUAUAUAUAAUUAGCUUUACUAAGUUUGUAUGUGUAUUGCAUUGGGGGAAAAAGCCCAACCUCUCACAUCUGAAUGUCGUCUGUCUCCUUUCUGCAGAUAUCUGAAAUAUCUGACCAAGAAGUACUUGAAGAAGAACAACCUUCGCGACUGGCUGCGUGUUGUGGCCAACACCAAGGAGAGCUACGAGCUACGCUACUUCCAGAUCAACCAGGAUGAGGAGGAGGAAGAGGAUGAGGAUUAAACCUCGUCUUCUGGAUUUUGUACAUUCAAUAAAUUCUUAAAGA